GGGCGCGCUUUCUUGAACCUUCGUGUGUUCCCUUCGUGUUGGAACGUUCAUAAAUUUUAGUAAUGUUCUGCAAUGGAGCGAAAGUCCUUGAGCACAAAGAACAGGAAAACUAAGGUAAUGUAGUAGUUCAUCGUGACAAAGUGAGACAUACACGUUUGAUCCUCUGUAUGGGUACUGCGGUCGAUGUCGAUUUCCAUCAAAUCGAUGAUUUGUCAACGAAAUCGUCGCUUGUAUAUCAAGAAUUGUUUUGCAUGAUAGCACUAUCAGCGACAUCCUCGGAGACCCAGGGGCAGAUAGUGGGAGCGAGGGAAAGUCUAAACGGGCGGGAAAAUAUAAAAAAAAACAAUAAAAAAAUAUAUAUUUAUGUAGCGCCUAUACUUUUCAGUGCGAAGCGCUUGAAAAUAUGGCACGAAGAAAGGAAAAGAUCGGUGAGAAGAGCUCCUGGGGACAAUGUCUUAGCAGACCAGUUCCAAACGGUCGCCGCCGUUCUGCCUUCUGAUUGGGCAGAAAAACACAAAAGUUUUCUGGCACCAAUCAGAAGCCAGAAUGACGGCGACAGUUUGGAACCUAUCUGGUAAGACAUUGUCCCCAGGGGUUCUUCUCGCCGAUCUUUUCUUUUCUUCAUGCCAUAUUUUCAAGCUCUUUGCACUGAAAAGUAUAGACACUAUAUAAAUAUAUAUUUUUUUAUUGUUUUUUUUCAUAUUUUUUCGCCCAUUUAGACUUUCCCUUGCCCCCACUAUCUGCCCCUGGGUCACCGAGGAUGUAUCAGCGAGCUCAAGCAACCCCGACGACGACAACAGAAACGAAGAAAUAAAAAAAAGCAAACAGGUUUAAUCUGUUCUGUGAGCAAAACAAAGGUGCAUUACACUUCUUGACUACAUUUUUUUGCUGUCAUGAUCAGAAUGUCAAUGCAACAAUCGAUCGCGAAUCGCUUUAAUCUCCAGCUAUUGUUUCGUCAAUAGCGAUCAUCGCAACUUUGAUUUCGUCGGAAGUACCCACAGAGAGCAGGUGCGGAUCCACACCGGUUUCCACCGUUUUACGGAAAUCGGUCACAUUUUUCAUAUUAAAUAUAUUUUUCAAAAUAAAAACACUUUGCAAGUUGAAAUCUGGCCAAUAUCCCAUCUAAAUGACUCGGAAAUCCAGGAAAGGGGACUUUAAGGAGUAAAAAUCCAAAUAAUUUCUUGGGGGAGCCACCCCCCGGACCCCGCUAAAAGAUGGCGCCUUUGGCGCUCGUUUAGGAAAUCGGUCAGUAUUUAUCCUAGAUCUGCGCCUGGAGAGGCUCUCAUUUUAAUACUUAGAUUGUUGUUACAAGUCAAGGUUGUUCUUUUCAUAAGUUUUCAAAUAAGCUUAUAAAGCCUGUGUUGUAUAAAUUCGUCUGGAUGGGAAGAAUUUUACCGAUUAGGCUAGGAUCUCUUUCUUUCAGUCCCAAGGGUAACCACAUUCUGAUUAAUUUUCCUGAUUCCAAUCCGUAUUAUGAUGCAGUUACCAAUACUGUACCAACAAAACGGCUCAUUGCAAUUGAAACAGAAUAAUAAGAAUAAGCUUAACAAGUUAUAAGCAAAAUUAGAUUUAAUUUACAGACUUAAGAUAGAACUACCUUAUCACACCAGCUUUUCCAGCCGCAGUUGUCCCAAGCUCACAUUACACAGGGCUGUCAGUAAGGGCUGGUAACCGGCCAAAACCACCCUAUAGUUAGCCAUCCUUAGCCAGCUACUUUCAUCUCCUUCUACCAUAACUGCUAACAAAAAAUAAUCACCAUAGAAAAAAAUUGUAAAGAAUUGGUUUCCCAGUUUUGAAUGACGUUGAACGCAUAUUUAAACAGGUUUGGAUCUGUUAAACAUUCAAAACGUGCGAUGUCUUGGAAUGCCUGGGACAGUUUGAUGGCAUUGUUCCCAGUCUUGCAUGUAUUACCGGGCUUCUGAUAUUUCGCCCGGUCGCAGAGCUACCAAACCCCGCGAAAUUCACAAAGACACACAAAAUAUCGCGAAAUGUGCUAGCAGUCAUUUCAAAUACAUGUCUGUACACCAUAUUUGAAACUUAUUUUGGCUAUUAGGGCUGUUUACUUGCCGUAAACUUGCAAAUUUAUCUUGCAAGUUCAUCACAGAAAUAAGCAAACAACAUGCCAAAAACUACCAGGCCUAGAUUAUGUUGCAAAAAUCUGGGCACUAGCCAUGACAUAAAAAGCUUUGCCAUUGGCUCAUUUCUCAAUGGUAUUGUUGAAAGAGAAAAUGAUUAUCUCUGUUUAAAAAAAAAAAAUGUUUAAAGCGCUGGGUCAGAUUACCACAAAACUGAUCAAUUUUUAGCGCGAUUUGCCCAGAAAACUCCCACGACAUCAGCCAUAUUUUAUUGAUUGUUUGUCAGCGAAGUUUACCCCCAAAAUUCCCAUGAAAUUGGCCAAUUUUUCCGCGAAUUUGUCCCUGAAAAUUCUGCAAAAUUUGACUUUUUUUCCGCGACCUAUCAGAAGCCCUGGUAUUCUGACGAGACAACAUGGCGUCCUCCUGAAAACCCCUGGAAACGCCAUUUCUGGGACUCUAAUUUUCAAAAUGUCCCUAGAUGCCUCAGCCCUUAAGAACUUGUGCCUUUGGUGUGAGUUCCCAAGCCGCCUACUAUUCAUUGUCAGCUUGCUACUUAAAAAUUUUGUGACAGCCCUAGUUACAGGGGUGGAAUGUAAUUUACCUUGCAUAACCCGAUACUCCAUUAUUUGUCUUGUGAAUGGAGUAACAGGAGUUAGGCAAUCAAGCCAAAGAGUUGCCCACAUCAGUAAUUUCACACCUAAACACACCAAAGAUUAAUCUUCUUAAUUCAUUUUAUUUAUCAAAAGGUAAAAUAUGAUGAUAUUUAGCUUCCGCAGACCUUAGUAACACAAUACUGACUUACUCGUGUCACAAAAUGUACAUUGCAUUCCACCCCUCAUAAUGUGAGCUUGGGAUGCCUGUGUUCCAACCCAUAAAUUAUAGUCAUUCUAGUUCAGCUUGUUGUGUAAUCAAUAGCACCUCUACCUUUGCCCUCAUGUAUGUGUAUCCCUGGUAUAUGUACUUGGAUGUUUUCUGAGAUCUGCAUAUGUAAGGGUUUCAUUCUUUACAAAGGAAAAACCAUUGGAUGGUGCAGCAGGUACAAAAAGCAGUCACAUCAAAGGGAUAUUGAAGGAUGCUGUGUCAAGUAAAGCCAAUCUUUCUGUCCAUGGAUCACCGCUGUCAAAAAGUGGCAGUUACCUGGGUAUCCUGGAGAAAUCACAUGACCAAAAUGAAAGCUUAGGCUUUCAUUGUUCUUUCGAAAAUGAUGGCAGCCCAGCACAGGAAAUUGACAUUCCUUGCACCCAGCCAGUAUCACAAGAUAAAGUCCUUGAAGGUAUGUAUAUUUCUUCAAGUUUGUUACUCUAGUAUUUUUGUUGCUCACUUUCAAGUCAGUUACUAUAUUUUGAUGAUUCUGAUUACAAUUCUAUACAACAUUUUUUUCCAGUGACUUUACAAAAGACAUGUUUAAAUGUAAGGACCCUAUAAAAGCUGGAGGGGCAGUUUUCUUAAUUUGUAGGUGUGCUGAAGGUGUGACUAAAGGUCCUGUGACUUGAACCCAGCCCUAGUCUUAGCGUCUUCAGUUGCACCCACACCUUCACCUGCAGAUUAAACGCAGCAUAACUAUACAUGUAGUAGAGAGGGGGUGAUCAUAUUACUUAAACUUCACUUCAGCUCCUCAUCAAUAGAUGGGGGACAGUGGUUGUGGGGGAAGGUGAGACCAGUUGAGCCAGGAAGUAGAGGCCACAGGUAUUUGCAGUAAGGGGGGAAUUGAACAGCUACAAUGUAGGAAGUUCUUUUGGAUCUUUUUUCCUUUUGUUUCUAUGAAAGUAUUCAGAAAAAUAGUGAAAGGGAACAGUCAAACUUAGCAGGCUACAGUGUACAUGUACUUACAUGCACCUAGGGUAAGAUGGGCAUGGAGCUAACAUGUACAUGUAAACAUGGCAUUUGCAGUUCUGGAAAACAAUCCAUGUAAAUUUUCUUGGCCCUCUGAAAACAUUCAUCAUUUUCUUAUUGUCCCCCAAUGAACCAUAGAAACUGCACUUAGAGAUUAAAUUGUACCAUUAUUGUAAAAUAAUAAUUAUUAUUUUAUCUGCUUUUACAGUUUUAAUAAUUUAUUCUGAGUUCAGGCUCCUCAUGUGUUUUUGUGUAUUUGCAUUUUCCUUGUUAAAUAGAAUUCUUCUAGGCAAGGCCAAAUGAAAAGGGUGCUCAGUUUUACUGUAGUCACAUUAGAGAGAGUGUAUGAAAGUUGCUAAAAUUAGGCCUGAUCUCAGGUUGAAUACAGUGUGUCAGGCAAUGUGCUUUUUGAUAAAUUGUUAUGCAGGGGUUGUGGCUUUUAUUGAGGUGCGUUCUAACACUGAAAACAGAUUUGAAGGAAUCUCUAAACAAAUGGAAAUGCUUGGAGCAAAGGUAAAGAUUUAUAACCUAUUAAAAAUCAUGAAUGUGUCAUGCAGAUGUACAUGUUGCAGUUAUUUUUUUAUUUUAGUUAAUUUUUAUAUUAAUUUUCCUUUGAUUCAAAUUUAGUAGCAUUCAUUACCAUACCCAAAAACAACGGGAAAUAAAAAUUAUCUGAGAUAAAAAAAUUAACUACAACAUACAUAUGAAAGAAAUUUCAGUGUUGUUCAUGGCUUCGCCUUGCUAAAAUUGUCCAGCAGCCAAGAUAAAAAUUACCCUUUCUCUUUUCUGCCUUCCAGAAACAUUGUACUGUGACAAAGGAUUAAACUUAAAUCUUCUUUCCCCUCUCUCUUUGUUUUUCUGGUAAUCCAACCCAGUUUUCCUGGGAAAUGCAUGUACGUCAUGGGACCAUUACAUGACUGUACUGUACAUUUCAAGUAAUGAUAUCUGAUAGAGCUGUAAUACAAAAUUUAUGAAGUUAUUAAAUUUCAGUAAUUUUAUUUAUCUAUUUGUGAAUGUAGUGUAAGCAUUGUUUUCUACAAGUACACUGUACACAUACAGGCAUUAAAAAUGGUUCAAUCAAACCUCAUUACAGACUAUUUAUAAUAUAAAGAGAUUGUGAGGUGUUGAUCAGUAAUUUCUCGCCUAGGUGGUGAAGAAGUUGACUCCGGAAGUUACUCAUGUGGUAGGUGUAUAUUACUGGCUUUACCACCUUGUACACCCAUGUAAGAAUUAGCCAUGAAAAAUCUUAAUUCAUUCUCUUUUAGGCUUAUUUUUGUUGUUAUUGUUUGUUUGUUUAAAUGGUUUUGUUUGCUCUUUCUUAGCUUAAACUACAAACUGAAGUCAGCAAGACAUUUUUGUAUCUGCUAUUUGUAGAUAACAUUUUGAGAACUGAUUUCCCUUUUGGCCCAAAAUAGUGGAGGCUACAGUGUAGUCAAUGUUUGUUGAGAAGAGUGUGAUUGUCUGCACAAAUAAGAGAUUUUUCCUUUCAACGUCCUUUCCCCUUUUUGUGGUAAUCCUUCCUCAAAAUCUAAAUUACUUCCAAUAAUAUAAGCUUAUGUUUGGCAUAAUGAUCUUGUUAUAACUUGCAAUUUGGGCCUGAAUUCUGCAACAUCAUUUUGUCAUUUUAGAAGAAUUAAUUAUUAAGCUUCAUCUUCUGCAACUAUAGAUGCAACAGUCAUUUCUAAACAUUUCACUUUUGAUGUUUGUCCUUAAUGACCAUGUUUCCCCUGACAAAUUUGAGCAAUUUUGAAGUUCACCUUUCCUUCUCCAUUUAAUAAUAAUUGAUGCUAAUGAUAAUAAUAUAACAUAUUUCGAACAAUAUAAAUUUUAAUAUUUGAAGUGUUCUAUCUUAAAAUUCUGUCUUUUCUUCAGGUAUUCAAAGAUGGAAAGAAAACAACAAGAGAGAGGGCAUUAAAGAAAGGUAUUCAUGUGGUGUCUGUGCUGUGGGUGGAGAGCUGUCGGCAGAGUGGUAAGCGUGUAUCAGAAGACCUCUUCCCUGUUGUGAUUCCUGAACAAGCUGUUACACCACUCAUGGUUGGUCGUCUUAAAAGAACAAAGUCCAUGCAGCCUAAAGCUUUUGAGGAGGAUGUACAGAACAGUGCAGGUGUGUGUAGCCUUGUUCUGUGAAAUUUUGUGUUGGGUGAAAACUAGGAGCCAUGUUUAAGAGGAUAACAGUAAAUCCAAAGGUCACUGAAUGCAUAUUAAACAAAAACAAAGUUUGAAAAUGACUUUAUCUUUAUCAUGUUGCACAUAGACUAGUAUACUGUCAAUUUAAUGGUUUUAACAGCUAGUUUUAAAUAAUCCAUUGUAAACAGACAGAGGAGAAAGAAGAAGAAAAAGAAAGCUUCAAGCAGAAAAUGUCACUCCCACAGGUAUACAUGUAAUUAAACAUCAACUGGACAAAACUAAAAUAAAAUAAUACAAGGAGUAUUGGAUGAAAAAAAUGAUCUUUAAUUGUUAUUGUCAUGUUUAGAGUUAAGAGCUCCAGCCAAGUUCAAAAUGGGAAAAAUUAUGACAAUUUAUACUCAUGUGGCUAUUUAGAUUUCUGAUGGUGAACAUGAAAACCUGAUACUUCUGAAAUCUUACAAAAGAUCACUUUGUACUCUUGUCAUGCACGCAAUUAAAAGAAUGAAAAAAUAUUCAAAGAGCAAGUUAAAAAGAUCGCUAACCACUUGUGUGAAUAUGUUCACCUGUUCUUAUAUGCAUUUCACUUAUUUUAUCUUUUUUUCAUUUUUUUUAAUUUUUUGUUCUAAAGCUAUGGUCUUUGCUGCAGAAACACAAGAUCCUCAUAGCCCAGUAAGUUUGACUAUUAUUCUUCAUUAAAAUCAUUAUGAUUGUAUUGAUCAAAGCUAACCUUAAUUUGUAACAAAAAUUUCAUUUCCUUUUCUUUUUUCUUCCUUUUCAGAUUGGCUUCAACCCUCCUAUUACGCCCCACAUGAUACCAGACACACCCUGUCAUGACCUGGGAACAUCACCUCCUUUUGAUAAAGCAUUCACUUAUGGCAAGUUUGUUUGUUUGUUGCAUACACAUUACUUGGUUUAGAAAUACUGUCUUGUAGCAGACAAAAUGUGCUGUUUUUUGAAAAACUGUCGCCUAUCUCCUCCUCCCUAACCUACUCCCCCUUAUUUCCUGACUGAUUACUGCAUGCACUGUACAUGUAUGUUAUUGAUCUUGGAUUAGAAGGAGAAGAGUGUUAGCAUUUAAUGCUCAGAGCUUUCUUCUACUUUCCAUGGAUCGUUUGGUCUACCAGUCAUCACCUUUGUGCAGAACCUCAAUGCCAUCCUUUUUGCCACUGUGAACAUUGUGGCAGGUACCUGGAUGAGUCUGUAUGGGUUCACAUGGCUGGGUUGCAAGGGUUGCUUGUCAAGGUAGUGGUUUUCAGUACUGCAAAAUUAAUGAUCCCGAAAAUGGACUGCAAAUGAUAGACAAUGGGGAUCAUUUGUGGUCUGGGGAUCAUUUGCAGUACUGACAGUUGUCUACAGUCUUCAUGUACGUGUAGGUGCUGUCUAGUCUCAGUGGGGAAUAAGUGGGGAACCCAUACAUCCAUCCACCCAGAUAUUUAAUGCUGCAUGAUCAAUGCAGUUGCAAAAUGGAAACAAGAAUAUUGGAUGCAAUAUAUUUCACUUACACUGGUUAGUCCUGUAAUUGUUUGCCUUUUUCAUUCUCAAAAUCUCCAUAAUUUUUUCUCAUGAACAGAUGUCGACGAAAGUGGCGAAAAGCCUAAACCAAUUAAAUUCAGUGAAGAAGAGAAUGAGGAAUCACCAGACAGCAGCGAUGAUAUUCCAUCAAGUAUAAGUAAACUAAAAAGAAGGUUGCUCAAAUGCACUCCAACAAGACCACCCAGUGUAACGCUCACCCAACCAAGGAUGACACCAGUUACGCAACUACCAAAAACAUGCACACCCAGAGAUGUUCUUCUGACAGGUCAGGAAUGACAUGUUUGGUAGAGUUACAGUUAUGACAGCCAACAGAUUGUCUGCCUUACGCAUGCACAAGCACAUAAAAAUUCAGGUCACGAGACCAGCCAGUCACUGUAUGGUGUUUUACUUUAUAAAGAGGAACCCACCUAAUUUGGGUGUCUGCAUGGUAUACAAAUAAUAGGGCAUUUGUAGUUAGUCAUUAACGUUAUACAACACCCCCGUGCUGGAUAGAAAGAGAUGCACUGGGAGAGGACAAACAAAGUAAAUAAAUAUUUUAAAUGAUUUUUGUUGAUUUAGUACCACAUGAAUUACUAACUGCAAAGGGCCCAUUAUUGGUAUUCUAGGCAGAAACCAACCGCAAAUAGGUGGGUUCCUCUCUAUAAAGUAAAACACCAGAGUGGCUGGUUAGUUUCACGAAAAGGGCUAGGCGCGAAACGUGCCCAGCGGCGAAGAGCGAGGUAAAACGGAUGUUUUCGCAGGCUAGAAAAGGGCCCAUUGUUGUUAUAUUUCUCAACAAUAUUAUUAGUUGAGGAGUUUUUCUGUAUAUUUUCAAAAUUCUUUAUGGAACUUGUCCAUUAGUUCAAACCGUUAGAAGGGCAAAGAAGAGAAAUAAGCCAAGAAACAAGCGAGGAAACUGAAAUACCCGUAGGCCCCACGAUGAAAUUUCCUUUGAAGUAUUCCUUUGCCUGCCGUCACCCUCAAACCAAAUCGUGAAGUACAGUUACAGCAUUAGUGUACAAGUGAACGCUCUCGAUUGAAAAUUUAGUUCGUGUUGAGUUGAACAUGUGAUAUUUAAAGAAAGGACGAUUUGUACCAGUAAACAAAACAAAUCGCCAAAAGUUUCUCAAAGGUGUGGUGAUGCCCCUCUCUCACCCGACUUCCACUGGCGUACUACACUGUACAACAACAGUACGUACAAUGUACAGUACGUACAAUGUACAACAACAACUUUUACUCAGUUGGCCGGUCACUUAAAUAACGCCUUUGAAGUUCUCAUGAUCCCCAGUCCAAUAUUGUCUAACAUCAACAUUAGUCUAAGAUUUCUCUUGGGCCAUCCCAAUAAAAUGUUUCGUUUCCCAUCGCCCUCCCUCUCGUGAAGGUGGGUCGGUCGGUCGGGCAAAAAAAAAAAAAAGAAUGAACACAUGAUUGCAUAUUAAAUCUCACGUUUAGUCUGCAAGAUAUAAUCAGAUGGUAAAAGUUGCCUAUUAACAGGACUAUCAAAUGUCUAAAAAGGCUACAAAAACGAAGUAUCGAUGAUAAUUUAAGACAACUGGUGUUAAUAAGACAAGAUCGUGUGCUUGUAAAGUAAAGCACUUGUUUCUUUACAAGUGAUUCUGGAAUUUUUUUCUUUUUUUUUACUUUUCCCAAAAAAUGGGUCGGUCGGGCGAUGGGAAACGAAGCAUUAAAUUGGGAUGGCCUUGACUUGAAAUCACAGGCUCUGAUCAAGGAAAGAAAAGAAAGAGGCAAGAUUCCACGAAAGAAUCGCAAAGCGAGGGUAUCAAGGUAAGCGGGGCAAAGGAGAGAAAGAAAGCAAAGCUUGGAGAGCAGGUUGAAUGCGAUGCGAAAAAUGUGAAAGGAAAAAGAAGCAAGACAGCAAGCACUGGAAGAAACGAGCGGAAAAAUGAAUCAACGGAUGGAAAAGCACACAAUUUAUAUCCAAAUUCAGGUAAGUGUUGGUUGUUUCAUCAGCAAAAUCAGUUCACUGUUACAUGUAUGUUACUCUAAUUACCACCUUGAAGGGCAAGGUUCAGUAAUUGUUGAUAAGUAAACAAUAAUGAAUUUUAAGACAUUACUAGUAUCACAUAUUGUUUCACAAUCGUGACAUGACUUGAAGAAAAACCUUUUUCAAGCUAAGUAAUGUUUUAUAACACAAGAUAUCACAGGUUUGUGAAUCCGUCCCUAGACAGGUCAGUGGAUGCAAAAGGUGUACAAGAACUCUCUGUUCCCGAUUGUUUUGGACUGCUUGAAUGAAAAUGUUUUUCCUAUCUUUGAGUCGACGUUAAUUUUCUUUUAAAGGGAUAUGUUUAAAACCAGCGGAAAGCAGCUCAGAAAGUACAAGUGAAGGUAAAAAACAUGCUAGUAUUCCAGGAAAGAAGAAAGGACAAGCAAAAGCAAAGAAAAAGAUCGUCGAGUGUCACGCGAACGAUGGAGAAGAUUUAGAUUCUGAUUCUGGAGUCUCCAUUGUGGACGGAAAUGUGAAAGGCUCAAUCACAAAUGGCGAGCAGCCCAGUCGAAAAAAGUUUUCGAAAACAAGCAAAAUUGUCGGCCAGACAGGAGUAACUGAAGCUGAAUUGGAGGACGUUUCUGAGCGAAAACUGGUUGAGAAUAUGGCUAAAAUAGAACCGGUUGGAACGAAAAAGGAACAGAAUUUAAAUAAGGGAACCAAAAAAGGCAAUGGGAAAAAAUUGUUCAAGCCUGAAAAACUUGUCAGUCAGGACAAACAGGUUAUUCGGAAGAAAGUCGCUAGUGAGGAAAAACUAGUUAAUGGGGGAAACCCGGUUGGUGAGGAAAGUUUGCUCAGGCUGGUUAAUGACUGCGAAGAAGAAAAAGAUGGUCAGGAUAGAGAAAAGGCAAUGAACGGUAGCUUAGCGGAAGGUGAAGAUGUUGAAAAUGAUGAGACGGGCACAGAAGAGGAAGAACAACCAGGCGAAGAAAAAGAAAACAAAUCUGGGAAGAAACAGCGAAACAAGCUGGUGAAAAAAGUUAAGGUUAGAACGCAACCUUAGUUACUUACUUCAAUCCACAGAUGCAAGCAUUUAUCUCUCGGUGAAGCUUGUUUUGCACGGGGGGUUAGUUAUAGAGCUAAAUGACGUCGAACAAAUUGGCUCGAAAUUAUAGCAAUCGCAAAGUGUCAGUCUCGCUUAAAGCUGGUGGUUUUUGGACGCUGCGUGUUAUAAGACCAUGCUCUACCCAACGUUUGGCAGUAGGCAUAUCUCCAGAUGAAAUCUGAUGAAGAAGUUAAAAUUUCAAGAAUUUUGUGCCUAAAAAGCUAUGCAUUACACACCCUUCGAUAGUACGAUAGAACAAAUAUAGGCUGCAUGAUAACUACUAACCUACGGGUUUUGUGCACAACUUAUUGUCAUUAUUUUUUGUGCACGUUUACGUCCUUUUUGUUAAGCAUAGGUAAUUACUUGUUUCUCUGGUUGAAAAAGUCUUGCUAGCAAAGUUUUGCUAGUGAACUUAAAAGCCCCAUAAGCGAUCACACCACUUGAAGUUCGGAAGUUGCUUGAACGCAGGUGGGCUAGAUACCUACAUUCACUACACCAGUGUAAAGUAGUCUACAGACGGGGUAGUUUUACAGGAUUGGGAGACAAUACAGCUCCAGUUGAUCGAAAGGUGGAUAGCGCUAUCCACUGGACAAAUCACUAUCCAACGGAUAGCGCAAUUAGUUUUCGUGUACUUAUCUUGUGGAUAGCGAUUUAUCCAGUGGAUAGCGUUAUCCAACUUUUGAACAACCGCGGCCAGGUAGAUAUAAAUGUCAGUUCUAAUAGUUGUAUCGCGCAGAUGUUAAGGCGUAUAAGGUGAAGCUGAAUAUAAUUUCUUUUUUUUUCUGUGCCUUGCUUCUGUCACAUUCUUGUUUUGAUUUCUCGGUCCGCAGCCAAAGCGUUCCAUUGUAAUGACCAGUAUGCACUUUGGGUAAGUGAUCGUUUGAAUUCUUUUAAAUCACUCAGAUCUCAGUUAGUGUUGAAGUGAGGUGCUAUAUUCUAAUUCCCAACGUGUCACCUUCCUUUACACUUUCAGCGAGCAAGAUAUAGUUCUGUCUGUUGUUCGUAAGCUGGGUAGCUUCUUCAUAGAGGAUCGAGUCUCCUCUUCCACAACUCAUGUGAUCGCUGGGAGUCCUCGCCGCACGUUGAAUGUACUGAUGGCUAUUGCGCAAGGCUGUUGGCUGGUGUCGCCUAUGUGGGUAAGAAAGUACAGCUUAUUUUUCAAAACUGGAGUAUUAGCAAUAAUAUCUUGCACAUUAGGCCGCGCUCCCGUUUGGCCUUGUAUAGCUCAGUAGGUAGAGCAACAAUGAUCUCAUCUGUAGAAUACGGGUUUGAUUUGCCAAACUAUGGUAAGGGAUUUGUUUCUUCUAUCCUUGUAUAGGCCAUUUCCACAUUACUGAAGCUACACUUUCUUACUUUACUUACUUUACUCUUCCCCAAAGGGGCUUUUGAGUUCGGUUCUAAGUCUUUUUUCCGUGCGCUCGGCAAUGAUAGAGACUUAAUUUUCAUUUGAGUUGAAGAAUAUCAUGUGAGGUAGACUUCGAAAAGUAAGAUUUAUUUGAGGGUGUCAGUGGGGUGUACCUACUCAGUAAACCGCUAAAAUGCCCCUUUAAGUCAAUAGAUAGUAAAAUAUCGGCUUAGUUAAAAUAAAUGAAAAUAAAAAAGUAAAUUAAUAAAUAGAUAACAAUAAGAGUAUACAAUAAUUGUUUGUCACACACAAUUAAGCUACUUUUAAAAUUAUGAUGAUGUACAAUUUAGACCGGCAAAACUUCAACGCGGCAAGCAGCACAUGAUUGUAACAGUCUAUCACUGUCAAUAUUAGGUGUCAGUCAGAAAACUACAACAAACCAACAAAAUUCUAAUACGAAGUAAGAGGUUACCAAAACAACUAUGUCUGUAUGAAACAAUGCCAUUUUUCCCAGAAAAUGCUCAAACUUUGACUUCUAUAUACAUUUACGCUAAAAGCGACAUCGAUCUUUUUAUAAGACAGUCAGUUCGUACUUUUUUAUUUAUACGGUUUUUUUUACGACAGCAAAACUUUCCUUUAUAGGCUAGACAGUUUAAAUUGACACUGGCUUAUAUGGAUUCAAUUACCUCCUUUUCGGAAUUCAUAACCCGGUCACUGGUCAGGAUAAGCCAGUUCGUUAGUUUGAGCUUAAAUUCUGGUUUAGUUUGAGUCAUUCUCUGGUAUUCCUUGCAAGAAUGUGGCACGAUUUUUGCCUUACAGAUAAUGAAGUCUCUAGAAGUUGGUUAUUGGGUGGACGAAGAGCCUUAUGAAUUAUCCGACGCAUUUCCCGCCGCACAGGUAAAAAUUAGUGAUUGUUAGCUUGCGGUCCUUGCGGACUCGGUUCCCCCCUUUCCAGAGAAUUCCUGGCCCAUUUAUGCUCAGUAUCAUAACUUUUGGUAUGUAGACAAAGUUGUAAAGGUUUUUUUUGUUGUGUAUGCGAAUAUUAGGCCUCGAGGGAAAAGGACGGGUUACUUAAUUGUUUCCGGAUAAAAAACAAUUCGGACGAUAUUUUAGCAGAUUUUGGACAACCGUUGUUGGGAUUUCGGACAAACGCGAAAAGGAAUUUGGCCAAUAUUCGUCAUAUUCAUUCAUCGUAACCUCACACUCGCUCAAUUACGCAUAAGCAUGUGGCUAGUACAUGUGGAAAAUACCGGUACUCAUCGACUGAAGGUAGGUUAUGAGCCCGUGAAAAUCAGCACACUCCCAACCACCACCUCCACCAACCCAUCAGCCAUGCUUUCACUGAAACUGCUGUUCACUAACUUGGUGUAAGUCGAUGUGAUCUAUUGUCUUCCUGUUCAUAUUUGUGAGGUAGUUGUGUCGCCUUGAACGAGUCAGCGCUGGAUCAAGCUACCGGCAGGAACUUUUUGCUGAAUGUCCACCAAUAUUUUUGUCUGAAAAUUGUUCUCCCCCAAGCGAUUCCCUGAUGAAUCUUAUCAACCUCUGUGGUGGAAAGGUAAUGAACAUCAAGAACCAAAUGUCUUUGCUUUUGUUAUAGGCCGAGAAAACAGCCGACAAUUGGCGACGCUACCACUGGUUUCCCCGCGAAAUGACGUCUGAGAAACGAGCGCAGAAAUUCCACACUGAUGACGCUUCACUACCCAGAUCUGGGCAGUGUUUCUGAUUGGUCAUGCCGCAUGGGAAAUUUGAUUUACCCAGUCAGAAGCACCGCCCAGAUCUGGGUAGUGACACGUCAUCAGUAUGGAAUUUCUGCGCUCGUUUCUCAGACGUCAUUUGGCGGGAAAACCAGUGGUAGCGUCUCCAAAUGUCGGCUGUUUUCUCAGGCUAUUUUUCGUAUUAAACAAUGUCAAACUUGGAGGAGACUAUGAACUACUGCCUGUGGCCCACUAAACCAUUCCUGCGGUAAUAGUAUUCUCCUCUGAAAUUUGAUUUAUGAGGGGAACCUAUGACGCCUUCUUUUAAGUGGAAGCCUCUGAAAAUCAAAAAAAGUUCGGGAGGGUUCGGCAUGCAAAUUCUGUCAAGUUCAGAACUUAUUCGUGUGUACGACCUAGUAGUUCCCAAUUAACAGAUAGACUGUUAGGGGCUGCCAGUGACGCAUAUGUAUCCUGACGUCCGAGCUUACUGUUAACAUGUUUUAAAGAUAUAUUAUAAAGAAGGCGCGUCUGUUGUCCUCUGAUCCACCACUCCUUCCACCAAGCGCGAUGACUGCGGGCGCUAUUGUCAAGACAGCAAUUAUUGAUCUGUCUCCACGAGCCCAAAAAAACUACUUAACAAAAUCUUGCUUAUUAGUUUACACUAACUGAAAAACUGGUCAAUGAUACCUGUUCGUCUAAUAGUUCACAGCUUAGUUCUAAGACUAAGUCAUAGCCUGUUCCAGGCUCUAGGCUAGUCACAACGAGCGAAAGGAAAAGAAGAGGGUGAAAAAUGAAGGAGAGGAAAAGAGGUCGCUCUGUCUCUUCCCUGUUCUCCAACGUUUAAUUUUUUUCGCGCUCGCUCUUUGCUCGUCUCAGUUUACUGAGAGCCUGGAACAGCGGGGCUAAAAAAGGAAGUACAGUCAACUCUCUCUAAGACGGACACCUUUGGGACCGGCACUAAGUGUCCGUCUUAGAGAGGUGUCCGUCUUAUAGAGAGUCAAAUAAAAUGAUUAAAGGAAGGCAGGGACCAACUCUAAGUGUCCGUUUUACAGAGGUGUCCGUCUUAUAGAGGUGUCCGUUAAGAGAGAGUCGACUGUAACUGUUUUCCUUUAUUUAUAUCUAAGGUGAGCACAUCAGUCAGAAAGGCAGGCAUCUGUAUCGGUUCAAUGACAAGAAGAACACAAGCGGUAAACAUCACAGAGCAGUGGCUGCUCGGUGAGUUUUGUUCAUAGUUUCAGCCUUGGUCAUGUCUUUGUAAAGGUAUCAGCUGAACUCGUUCUAUGUCCUCAAACGCGGUCGUCGACUUAUGCGCACUGAGGCUAUUGGUUUGUUGCUGCUGGGAUGGUGGGUAGUUGAAAAAAAAGCCAACGGUAUUACUGAAUGAGUUUAAGUCAAAAUUAUCACAAUAAAAAUUCAAAAGCUAGCGUUUUAAACCUGGCCCUUCGUCAGCUGAGAGACAGUGGGGCCAGCAUUUCGGGAUUUUUCAGCUUUUGAAUCUCAUGACUCUGUUAAAUACACUUUGAUGUAAAAUUAUCCUUGUUAUAACCCACCCGCGUUGGAUACCUAAAGACAUAUUUAAUUUAAUUUAAUCCAUUUUCACUGCAUGCAAGUCAUUAUAAUGAGACACGAAUAGAGCAUCGGGGAAGGACUCGGAAAAGAAAACUGAACCAUACGAGCUAGUCCACCCAAUUUAAAGGAAAAGUAACACAUACAACACUUUGUGUGGUAAGUUUCUUAAUCUGCGCACACAGCAGCAGAAACACUGGUACAUUGUGCGGGUUUUGCGCCCCUGACACUGCAAAAUGAAUCGCAGCGGUGGUCUCACAACAAAGCGAAAAAACCCUUCCGUCCGUUACAUCUUCAGCGUUAAACCCUUGUUUAGCGAUUUCCUGUUCAAACCGUCGCUAGCGCUACUGUUUACACUGCAAAACUAGAAAUCUACUCUUAAAAAAGUUUUAUUCAUUGAACUCCGAUUUUUGUAGCGUUAUUUAAAAAAAAUUAACGAUUCUCUCUCUCUUAGUGGAAAGUUUUGUAAAUCUGCGCUUACCUUUUUCCCGUAGAUUGCAUUACCCAGCACACAGUACUACCUUACGCUAACUACGCACUCAAUUCACCAGCAAAACGGCAGCGAGAAACAAGUCCGAGCUACUAGAGACAACAUGAGUUGUAUCAAAGAACAGUAUAGUUUUGCUCAGUUUUGAGACUAAAGACAAAUCACCACCAGGACAAGAAACAAUGUUUCUUCAUGCUUCCCACCUUUUGGGUAUAGGAUAUGCGAGUGGGCGUAAUUGAACGCUGUUACUCGGUGACUUUUCAAGAAUAUAGCAAAAUAUAAUUCACUACUGGAUAAGUUUUAACUACAGAAAACGGUCAGUAGAGUCAAUCGGCGCUUUUCACGCGUCUUUGAUCAACGAGAUUGCGCUAACAAGGCCGCUAAGAAAAGCGCGAAACUGAACGCCUGUUGCUAGACUCAGUUUAGAAAUGUACCGUAUUAGUACAAACUAAAUCACUGGAUGGGGCUCUCUGCACAAACCAGCAGUCAAGGAACUAAAUGAACCUUUUACACGCGUCUUUUAUGAACGGGACAACCCUGUUAGGUAGCGUUUGAGGCCCAGGAAUAAACCUUUUUAGUGUAAACCAAACUAUUGCAUUAGUGUUUUGCGCCUGCUCUGCCGGGCUGGCUACUCUGGAUUAGAAUUGGGUAGUUAUCUCAUGGCAAUGUCCGCAAUUUAGCGCGCCUGACCUUAAUUACCUAUUGGGACGAGAUGCCCACUCUAGCAGUAUUUAGGUGCAAUGUGUACAAAAACGUGAGUCAGACUAGUUAAAGGUGAAUACCGUAAAGCUGUAAGCGGCAGUAAUCGUAAUUGUAAUCGUGAAGUUACAUUAUACCAGAUCAGUCACUCACAUCCGUUGGAAAAUGGCCACUUCCCCAGGAUAUUCAUCCCCCCCACCCCCCAGCUGGUGAAUACCCCA